AUGACCAGUGCACCUGUGGGCGCAUAUCAAUGUGAGGAAGGCACCCACGAUUUCACAACCGGAUGUGGUUACGUGACACCGGAAGCAACCUGUGACAACCCUAACCCGGUUACUGAUACCAGCGGCGAAGUCUGUGACUACACUGCUUGCUACUGCGACUCCCCCACUGUGCGGGAUACUACUACUGACAAAUGCGUGCGUUUGGAGGAUUGUCCUAAGAAAGAAGAGAAGAAAGAUGUAGAAAAGAAAGAGGAGAAGAAAGAUGAAGAAAAGAAAGAGGAGGAAAAGAAAGGUGUAGAAAAGAAAGGGGAGAAGAAAGAUGAAGAAAAGAAAGAGGUAGAAAAUAAAGAGGAGGAGAAGAAAUAUGAAGAAAAGAAAGAGGAGGAGAAGAAAGAUGUAGAAAAGAAAGAGUUGGCGAAGAAAUAUUAA